GGCAGCACGUUUUUUUGUUUUCUUGCGGCAAAAAAAAAACGUUUAAAACUCGGACAAUUACAGUCAGCGAUGUUAAUUUUAUAUAUUAAGCUACACUAAUCAUCAUCGGGACACUUUAAGCACCCUCAGCCAUAAUAGCUGCUUCUUUUAAAGUCAAAAUGGCUUUGACAGCUGCACGCAGAAGGUCAGUCAUAUUUGGAAAGAUUUUACAAACUCUGAGGCAAAGCUGUGUGUUGUUUUCAACUAAUGACACAGUUCUAGCUAACCAGAGGAAACUGAGGAGAAAAAGUCACAAGGAUCCUCCCUGGGCUCUGUCCUGGGAGGAGAGGCUCGCUGAUUCGGUCACUCCUCUGUGGAGGCUGAGUUAUGAUGAGCAACUUGAGCUCAAGCAAAAGCAUCAGGAGAGGAUCCUGGCUGAGCUCUGCAUGCAUCUUUCAGGUGACUCCUCAACACCUGUCAGAAGUAAACCCACCUUCCCUGUCCUGCCCAUUCUGCCAUCACCAGUUAGGGAAGGUUACCGCAACAAGUCUGAGUUCUCUGUUAACAGAGGAGUGGAUGGAAACCCAAAGACAGUUGGAUUUUGUGUGGGCACAGGCAAGGAGAGAAACCUUAUCUGCAUCAAUGCAGACCACCUGCUCAAUUUGCCAGAGAAGCACAAACUUGUAGCCAGAUGUUACCAGGAAUUCCUCCGCCGCUCCUCCCUGGAGCCCUGCCUGCGGUUCCAUGAAGGGGGUCACUGGAGAGAGGUCACAGUGAGGACCAACGCAGAGGGCCACACCAUGGCUAUAGUGUACUUUCAUCCACAGACGCUCACUCCAGAAGAGGUGGCAGCCCAUAAGGCUGAGCUGGCAGAUUACUUCACACAGGGGCCUGGAUCGGUCUGUCAGCUGGACUCACUGUUCUUUCAGGAGAGUUGGAUGACUCGCUGCACUCAUGAGAUAUCCCCCUACCAGCUCCUGCAUGGUCAACCACACUUAUACGAGGAGGUGCUGGGCUUCAAAUUCCGCAUCUCUGCCGAUGCCUUUUUCCAGGUGAACCGGGCAGCUGCGGAGGUGCUGUACACCACAGUGAGUCAGCUGUGCAUGCCAAAGCCUGAAGAAGGUGGAGGCAGAACAAAAGUUGAUGGUACUCUCCUCGAUGUGUGCUGUGGGACGGGUGCCAUUGGCAUCACCAUGUCUCCCAGAGUGGACAGAAUUAUUGGCAUAGAGCUCAUAGAACAGGCAGUGGAAGAUGCCAGGCACAACGCAGCUCUCAACAACGUACUGAACUGUGAGUUUAUGGCUGGAAAGGCAGAGGUGGUGCUUCCUGAUCUUAUGUUUCAGUUGAGCUCAGCAGGUGGAGGUGCGGUGGCAGCUGUGGUAAACCCUGCUCGAGCGGGCCUCCACCCCAAAGUGGUCCGGGCUUUACGAAACCAAUCUGCCAUCCGCAGGCUGGUCUACGUUUGCUGUAAACCGGACGGGGAAUCCAUGAGGAACUUCAGGGAACUUUGUUGUGCUCCAGACCAAAAGAAGAAACUCACAGGAGACGCAUUUUCUCCAACUCUGGCUGUGCCUGUAGAUAUGUUCCCACAUACUCCUCAUUGUGAAGUGGUGCUGCUUUUUGAGAGGUAGCAGAUGGUUUUUGUUCAGAGGAGGACCGGCCAAUAACUCUGGUUUCUUUAGGAAGCUGUUGGGGAAAAGUCAUGAUGUACUGUAUACUAAACGAUAAUGAAUCAGUCUUGCACCCAUGGUUCACCCACACAGGUGUUUUCUUUUAUUUGCUUGAAAAGACUUCCUGUCAUGACUUUUGUUUUAGGGCUGCAACACGUUUUGUUUUGGGGUUUUUUUGGUUAGUAGACUGUUCCAUAAAGGGUCAUGUGGCUGCAUUUUUUUGUUCCAACCAAUCUAGAGCACACCUAAUUCCAUUAAUCAAUAGUUUGAAGACUGAGAUUAAAUUAAAUUAAUUUCAUUAGCCAAUCCUGAUGUUCUCCUGCUUGGUUAGAGUGAAAACCUGCAGCCACAUGGCCCUUUUAGGAAAUAUUCUAGGAAUAUUCCUUAUUGAUGAAUGAUUAAUGUU